UAGUUGUAGAAGAUUUUAUCGUUCAUAAUCAAUCUGUAAGUCAUCAAAUCUAGUGACGAUACAAAUGAAACUCGGAUUAAACCUCCUCUCGCCUAAAGUAGGACAAUAUGGCUCCGUCUGCCUACAUCAAAUCAAAAAGAAAAAAGAAAAAAAAAAGAAAGAAAAGAAAAGAUUAGCCUCCGCCGCCGCUCCCGUUCCCCGCUUGCCGGCGUCGGCCUCGUCCAUGUACAUGGACGAUCAAGGCCUCCUCUCUGAGCUCCACCUCGCCGUUGAUCUUCGGCCUUCACAGACGGCACGGGGCACGAGUACACUCGGGCGGGAUGAGAAGCGUCGCCGGCUCACGGGGCCAUCGCCGGCUUCACCGAUGGACCUCGACGAUCCCCUCUCCGAGAUCCUCCUCCGCCUGCCCCCGCUGCCGUCCUCGCUCCCCCGCGCGUCCCUCGUCUGCACCCGCUGGCGCCGCCUCGUCACCGACCCCAGCUUCUUGCGGCGCUUCCGCGCCCACCACUGGAAGCCCCUCGGCGUCUUCUUUGGAGGAGACAGAGAUCUCUCCUUCAGCUUCUUCUUGGGUCCGCGGGACUCCGCCCCGUCGGAGCGCUUCUCCCUGCGCGUGCCACGCGAGUGCCACGAGGGCGGCGGCGGGGGCCAGGCCGGUCGCAAUGACUGCUUCUGGGAAUUCUUCGGUUGCCGCCAUGGGCGCGUGGUCCUAGCCAACCGCAGUGGCUAUGGCUACGGCACCCGCCAGAUCCUGGUGUGGAACCCCGUCACAGGGGAGGACCAUCUCCUAGGAGUUUCGCAGUUCUCGGAUUCUAAUCAGAGCCCGUACGGGUUACAUAUGCAAGCGGCAGUAAUCUGUGCCUCCGGCCACAAUGGACCCUUCAAGCUUGCUUUGGCGUGGGAGGACAGGAGCAGAGCACAUGUCUGCGUCUACUCGUCAGAGACCGGUGCAUGGGGCAAUAUCGCCUCGACAGCAAUUCUCCGGCCCUGGUUCAUUGUUGGCCGUGGAAAUGUCAUGGUUGGGAACACUAUAUACUGGAUUCUAUUUGGCGGUCGGGUUCGCAUCCUUGAAUUUGAUUUGGAUAGACAGAAACUAUCUGUGAUAAAGGUGCCCCAAGCCGCCAAUGAUUAUGAAAACCAUUGUGGUGUCUUCUUGUGUACGCUGGCAAAGGGUGGUGGCCUUAGUUUGAUGGUCAUGUCAGAGAACCUCAGAGGUCAACUUUGGGUGUGGGAGAAGACGGCUGACGGUGUUUUUCAAUGGAUGCUUCAAGGAACAAUUGAACUGGACAUGCUUCUUUCACUGAGAUCAGAGGGGCACCGAUCAAUACUUUGGCUUGAAGGGGAUGAUAAUGUCAUGUUUGUGUCAACAUAUAAAGGCAUUUUCAUGGUUCAUCUCCAGUCAAUGCAGUUUGAGAAGAUUUUCGAGACCGAUGCUGUCAGCGAUGGGUCUAUCUUUCCAUUCAAGUAUCUCCAUGCUCCAGGUGACAUUUUGCAUCAGGGAGGUGUAGGCAGCGGGGUUCAAGGAAGCGGACAAGGUCAUGGAGAAGACGGUGGGGUUCAAGGAAGUGGACAAGGGCAUGGAGAAGACAGAGCCGACAGGCCAGUCCCACAUGUCAGCAUCAAAGAUGGAGGAGUUGCUGGGCUGAAGCGGGCCGAUGCGCAUGUGAGUUGGGAAGGAGGUGGCCCGAUGUGGUGAAAACAAAAGAGUUGGAUGUCCUAACAAAAGGGGAACCCCGUUUUGAAGGAUAGCAAGAGUUUUGUCCUGAUGGAAUUUAGGAAUUUUUUUUUGAAGGCUGGUUUCAGACUCGAAUUCGAAUGAGUUUCAUAUUCGGCUUGAGGGAGUUUAUAUACCACCAGAGGUUCACACUCGUUGCAGUCGUCCACACAAUCUGUAUGUUCAGUUUAAUGCCUACCAA